AUGACGAGAGAUGACGGCGGCAUCGUCGAUGGACGCGAGAGCGAGAAGAUUGCGCGAUUGACUCGAGUGGUGUGCCGAUUGCACGCCGCGUGCGAGGAUCACGAGCGAGAUAAGUCGCGCGCGAUCGCGGCGUUCGCGCGAGACCACGCGUUGUUCCGACACGAGGCGUCCAACGCGAUAUAUCGCGAGCUGGCGAAUCGUGAGCUCGCCGAGGACGAGACGCGCGCCGGUUUGGCGCGCGCGGCGAUGGCGGACGCCAAGGCGCGGUGCGUGAGCGAGGUCUCGCGCGAGGCCGUGGGCGAGGCGCGAGAGAAGACUUCAGCGACGCAAAGAGAAUUUGAGGCGCGGGAAAUGAGUCGUGAGACGGCGGUCCGGGAGAAAUUGGCGAACAUGAAGGCGGCGUGCGAGCGCGAGCGCGAGGCGACGGAGCGGGCGAGGGAAGAAGCGCUGCGCGCGGAGACGGAGGCACGGAGACGCAUCGUCGCCGAUGCGCGCGCCACGGAGGAGAGCUUGAAGGAUGAAUUGAGGUUUGAAAGAGCGGAACGCGCGCGCUUGAAAGACGAAUUCGCCCGAGAGUUGGAGGGCGCGCGCAAGGAAAGUGAGACGGCAAUCGCGAAAGUCAACGACGACGCUCGAGCGAUCGUAGAGCGCGCCGAGGAGCGGGCGUUAGCGAAGGAAGAGGAGCUUGAACGAUUCAAAGCACAGUGUAAAGAUGACAUCGCUCGAGAGCGUGCGGUCGCUCGAGAGAAGUCCGAGCGUGAGAGGUGCUCUUACAUGUUCAUAGAAAAAUCUCUCGCCGAGACGGAAUCGGAACUGGAAUGCGUUCGAAGGGCACACGAAGCAUGUCGUCGAUCGCUCGACGAAGCAUUCGAGGGCGCCAGUGCUCGAGAAAAAGUCAUCCUGGAGUUACAGGCGACUCUCAGCGAGAAAGAAGCUCUCGUGUUGAGUACGUCGGUGGAAAUAAAUAGACUUGUGGACGUCGAGGCGGAGCUUUCGCAGAAAUUGAGCGAAGCGCAACACGCGUACGCUUCAAGCAUGGAGGAGCGCGUGCGCUUACAGGAAACCAUCGACACCGAGAAGGUUACAAAAUGUAUGAUGGAGGACCAACACGCCGCUAACGUACGGAAACUGGACCAGACGAUUCAAAACAUUCGAGACGAAGCUAUCCGGUGUCAAUCUGAAGCCGAAUGCGCUGCAAGGGACGGAGAGGAAAAGUUUGAGCGCCUCUUGAGCGAAUUCGAGGAGAGGAAUCGAAAGGCGGAAAUCGAGGCACAAGAGUUGAUCGCGUCGUAUGAGUCACGGAUAAAGGCUACGGAGGUCGAGCAUUCAGCCGUACUCACGCACGCAAAGUCGGAAUUCAAUGAGCGCGUGAAAGCGGCCGAGGACGAUCAAGCGCAUGCGCUCGAGUCGGUAGAAUAUGGGUGGCUUCAGGAGAAACAGCGCUGGGAGGACGAUAAACGUCGCUUGGAAAGCGAGCUUGAGUGCUCACAUUUACGCUCAAAGGAAGUGACGAGUACUCUUGAGGCGUACGCUGCCCGUGAGCGAAAGCUCGUCGCAGACAUCGAGCGUGCAAAGUCUGAUUUCGAGGCGAAGGAAGCGGCCCUCGUCAACGAUCUCCGUGAAUCCAAACUCGCGCUUCAUGCGGUGGAGGGAAUGGCUCACCGAUUAGAGCAACAGUUGAGUGAUCAGGAGAUUUCACAUGAAUCCGAACGUCUUGGUGCGGAGAAGAGGUCGAGAGCGGAUUUUCAGCGCCUCGGUGCUCUUUGGGAGCAAAAGACGAGGGAGAACGUCGCUGUUGCGCUGGAAGAGUCACAGCGCGCGCACGAGAGCGCAAUGGAUCGCUUAGCAAAGGAGAUGGACUCGAAAUCAAAAGGAGAAAUCGCCAGAGCGGUUGCGAACGUUUCCGAGGCCUAUCACGCCAACGAAAGAGAGUUACGCGAAGAGAUUGAAGCGCUCAAUCGCGAGCACGCCGAGGGCGCUAAGACUGUAUCCAUGAAAUACGAGAGCGAACUUGGUGAUGUUCGCGCUGAAUGCAAUGAACGUUUGCAAGUGAUGAGUGCGGCACAUGUGAGCGAAAUCGAACGCCUUUCGAGCUCGCACGCCGAGCGUAUUGCGCUCAUGCAGAGCGAGCAUGAAAUUCACUUGAAGCAAUCCAUGUCGGAGGCGGUGCGACUCGCGACUGAAGAGAUCAAGACACAUUACGAAGCGCGCGAGGGCGAUGCUGCGGUGAAAUCGGAGAACAUACGUGUGCGAGAACUUAAACGGGUGAGCGAGCAGUACUCGAAGGAGUUAGAGCAACUAGAGCGCGAGUACGCGGCAAAACUGGAAUCGUGCAUCGCAGUGAGCGCCACUCUCGAACUUGAGCGUGAGAGCCUGAGAAGUCAGCUGCAUCGCGCCCGACAAGAGCUUGGAGUUUCCGAAGCCGAACGAGUAGCUGAGAAUGAGCGUUUCAGAGACGCCGCCACGGCCUCCGUGUAUGCCCACGAGAGCGACAUUGAGACUCUCCGAAAAGAGCACAAGGAUGUCAUCGCUCGCAUGCAAGAUGUGAACGAGACGGCUUCUCGUGUCGCGAACGAAGCGCUCUCCGCGGCGAACGCCGAGAUAUCAAAAUGGCGAGCGAUGUAUGAAACCAGAGAGUCGCGGCCAGAAGACGUGCAGCGAAUCAAACAACUGGAAAUUGAUCUGAGCGACGCAGGAGAGCGCCUCGAGCGCUCGUCGGCGCAUCGGCGGAAGCUGCAAACCGAGCUUCUUGGUCGUGCCAACGAUGUCGAUUGGACGCCCAAGGCGGGUGUUCGCAGAAGUAGACGGGGACUAGUCACGUGA